AUGACGUUACCAUUUUUUGAAAUUGAGCACAGACUUCCGUUGAAUGUCUGGCUGCCGUAUGACGUCACAUCAGGAUCAGCUACUUUCUACGCGACGUAUUUUUAUCUAGUGGCAGUGUGUUUUUAUUUCGGGUUGGUUUGUGAGAUGAUGGAACCUUUGAUCGGAGGUCUGGUCUAUCAAGCCACGUCUCAGCUGAAAAUUCUCAAAUAUAAUCUACGACAUCUGAGCGAUCACUCAGUUGGUAGUUUUGAAAGUGUCUCCAAAACACUGAUACGCUGCGUCGUGCAUCAUAACAAGAUUUUGAAUUUUCUUGUGGAGUAUGAGGAUUGUUUUUCUUGGUGUGUGUUUUGUCAGAUUGCUGGAACCACGUUCGCGCUUUGUUUUUGUUGCGUUGGCGUUGGACUAAGUCUGGUGUCUUCUUUUAGUAUGAACUUUGUUAUGUACGUCAUUUCUUACUGUGUUAAUGCGUUCCAGUUGUUGUUUUAUUGCCACUAUGGAAGUCUGCUUUACGAUGAGAAUAAUGAAUUGAUGAGUGCCAUCUACAUGGGACCGUGGUACAAUUAUGACGUCAGAGUGAGAAAAUUUUUGUUAAUUAUAAUGGAGCGUUCUAAAAUACCACUGGUUUUAACAGCAGGGAAAGUAAUCAAUCUAACUUAUGCAACGUUUACCUCAGUGUUAAAAACGAGUUACUCUUUAAUUGCUGUGCUAAACAGACACAACUAA